CCUCGAAACGGAGCCCCAGUUUGGAUUCGAAGAAGCCAAGGAAAAAUUACAAGAGCGUCCUUGGCUUGAGGAUUCGUACAGCGAAUGGGUGCAACGGCUCAAGGCCCCAGCUCAUAAAUGUGCCUUAAUUUUUGCAGAUAACAGUGGAAUUGAUGUCAUCUUAGGUGUCUUCCCUUUUGUUAGGGAAUUGCUCUCUAGGGGCACGGAGGUUAUUUUGGCUUGCAAUUCAGGUCCUGCUCUGAAUGAUGUCACGUAUAACGAAUCCUUGCUUGUGGCGGAAAGGAUUGCGGCUAUGGACAGUGUAAUUCGAACUGCCCUGAAGGAAGAGAGGCUCCUCUUGGUCCAGACCGGCUCCAGUUCGCCCUGCUUGGACCUCAGCCGCCUGGACAAGGGCCUGGCCAGCUUGGUGCGAGAGCGUAAGACCGACCUGGUGAUCAUCGAAGGGAUGGGCCGGGCUAUCCACACCAACUACCACGCCAAGCUGAAAUGCGAGAGCCUGAAGCUGGCGGUGCUGAAGAAUUCUUGGCUGGCCGACCGCCUGGGCGGGAAGAUCUUCAGCGUGAUCUUCAAGUAUGAGCUGCCUCUCACGUCCUCCUGAUGGACUCCGAGGAGACGAAGCGGCCGGCUCGGCCAAGGACUUGCACUAGUUACAAUUUUAAUUGUAAAGAAUGUAUUUUUAUUACCACGGGGAAAACGAGUUCUCUCUUUCUCUCUCUCUCACGCGCGCACACACACACACACACCCCUCUGUAUUUAUAUUGUGCUUUGGUGACUUUAAAAGAAAGCAGCUAUCACUCCCUCCACGUGCGUGCAUGCGUGUCUGUGUUUCUCUGAGUUGGAUGCGAUAUUUGUUGACGGCGGAAGUUUGAUUUUAUUUUUCCUCCUUUUUUCUCCCCCCUCCCC